CUGCUGGUUUCAGGAAGCGGAAGCAGGAAUGUUGGAGUGUUUUUAGAAAAGUUUGGAGACUCACCCGGACACUUUUGUUGGGAUCCAGGACUCAAACAGCGGAUAAAACAUGACGGUGUGUUACCUGUUGCUGAUGUAACUGAAGAGUUGUCAGUCUUCUCUGACUGACUGAACCCAACCAGACACACAGGCUGGCAGAUAUGGAGAGUGGUGCUCUGGAAAUGGACACCAGUACAGCUGCAGAUCCCAGAGUGCCGUCAGACUGCAGUUUAGCCGGUCUGAGGCGUCGGGCCUGGGCCCAGACCAGAGACUCCAUCUGGCCCGAAUCACAACAAGAGCACUGUGGCCCCCAGGGCCCCCAAGAGAGCCAGAGAGACAGGGAUGAGCAGAGACCCUCAGAAGAACCAGGGCGAGUUCCUAACAAUAUCACCAGCUGGCUGAUUGAAUGCAGAACUCCUCUUGGAGCGUCUCUAGAUGAUCAGACGGCUUCACCGAACAGAGGUGUGAGAACAGGAGCGCUGAGGAACGGCUGCAGCUUUGAAGAUGACCUUUCACUGGGAGCUGAAGCCAACCAUCUUCAGUCCAGUAACAACAAUAAAACAGAUUCCUGUUUUGGUCUUGCGGCUGAACAGAAGAGGAGUCAGUAUAAAGAGAAGGGAAGAAGUAUGAACUCUACAGGAUCUGGGAAAAGCAGCACCGUGUCCAGUGUGUCAGAGCUGCUGGACCUGUACGAGGAGGAUCCUGAAGAAGUCUUGUUGAAUCUUGGUUUUGGUCGUGAAGAGCCCGACCUUUCCUCGAAGGUUCCCUCCAGGUUCUUCAACAGCUCCUCGUCAGCGCGAGGCAUUGACAUCAAGGUCUACUUGGGAGCCCAGAUGCAGCGCAUGGAACUGGAGAACCCCAACUACGCUUUGACUAGUCGUUUCCGUCAGAUCGAGGUCUUAACCACAGUAGCUAACGAGUUCUUCCAGCUCUACAGUCAGGUCUCUGGUCAACCUGUCCAACGCAUCAACUCCAGGGACCAAGGAGGAGGAGGAGCAGCAGGAGCAGCAGGAGGAGGAGGAGGAGAUGGAGGAGCAGGAGGAGGAAGUUGUCAGGCGACUCCUCCUCUGAAGAGGAGCAACUCGGCCCUGAAUGUCGCCAAACUCCUCAAGAAGACUAUCAGCAAACACAACCUGCUCGCGGCCGCCUCAGAGUCGCCUGAAGCACAAACACCUAACCAUCACACACGGCUGAACGGACACACCACCUCCGACAACACGCACACCAACGGUCACGCACACGCUGCUCAAGAGCAGGACUGUUUCAGGACCAAUCCUGACCAGCAGGUAGAGACAGUCAGUCAGAAACAACAAGAAAGUCCACAGAAACAGCCGUCUUCCCGCAAGAAAGACAGCUGUCCCCUGGCUACGGUUACCGAGGAACCUAACGGGGAUGCCGAGACCGAUUCGCUGACAGACAACAGACCUGAAGAGAGCGACACUGGAUCACCAGCCAAUGGAGACCAUCAACUAGAGUCGGCGGUUCUUCAGUCAGCCAAUCAAAGAACAGGGGAGGGCCCUCAGGUAGUCAAAGAGAAGAAGAGCCUGACCUCAACCCCGGUGAAAACUCCUCACAGCCUGGUCCCACCUCAGCUGGUGCUGCUUCGCACUGAAAACGCAGACUCCUUCGAUAUGGAGGAGAUCCAGAGUAACGAGGAUGAGGGUCUUCCAUUCAGAACCUCCAGAGCCACGGAUCUGUUGAGGACGGUCAGUCAGCAGUCGGACAGCAGUGGUUUUGCUGAGGAGCCCUCAGCCGACUCCAACAGCUACCUCAAGGUGCAGGAAAGUAGUGACAGCUGUGACAGCGAGACGACGGUGACAUCGCACCCGUCCCAAGAUGUGUCCACGCCCCUCGCACUGGACCAACCUGCGUUCGAUUUGCCAGAAGCCAGAGAAGAGGAGUCAGCUCCUGGUGGUGCUGGGGAGGCUGAUGGGCAGAAUAGCUCCAGGGAAGAAGACGAGAAUGAUGGGAUUCCAGAGGAGGUUCCUCAGUAUACAGCUCACUAUUUCCCUAGGAACACAGUGGGAACGCAGCCGGUUGAGACCCAAGGGGAGGAGGGGGAGGAGGAGGAGAAGGAGGAGAAGGAGGAGGAGAAGGAGGAGAAGGAGGAGGAGAAGGAGAAGAUGGAGAAGGAGGAGGAGGAGGAGGAGGAGGAGAAGGAGAAGGAGGUAGCUCCAGCAGAGAGCGGGACAACCGAUCUAGAGCCUGAACCAGAACUGGAACCAGAGAUUCCUCAUAGCUUGUCUGCUGCAGAACAAGAACCACAACUCAUGCAGAAUCAGCCUGAGACAGCCACAGACACAGAGCCACCCACAGAGAUGGUAGAAGCUGAAGACGAGGCCCAGGAAGAGAACGCAUCCUUGGACCGUUCUGAUGUAUAUUUUCCUCCUGCUCCAUCCUCUCCGGUUGUCAAUGCUCUGAUCCGAGCCAAACACAGCCACCUGAGAGGAGCUGGGCCGCACGUCGACCUCAUGCCCAGUGAGCCGCCGCUAACUCCACUGAGAGGAGGAGGAAGGCGUGGCUUCCCCAUGGAGAGGUCCUCCUCUCUGCCCUCCUCGCUCCUCUCCCCCUCCAGGGUCGUGUCCUCUGUCAGGAUCCAGUUUGGGCGAGGUCAGGCGUCCUGCACCCAGCCCAGGUACUCCUUCAAAUAUACCCCGGAGGAGGGAGAGGACAAAGAAUGGGAUGAGGAGGAGGAGGUGGAAGGACAAACUAACUGUUUAUCUACUCUGAUAAUAAACCCUGCUUCGAACCAGCCACCAAGGCUUCCAACAGAUGCUUCCAUCCCACCGAAACCCAUCCCACGCUACAUGAAGUCGUCCUGCUCGCUGAUGAGCUCCAGCCCUCCUCCUGAUUGGUCACCAGGAGGCCACACCCACUCUUGGAGCUCCCAGAGCAUCCCUGACGUCUCCUCUAACCAGCACCUGUCAGGUCACUUCCAUCAAAACCAGCAAAGUUGGAAUCCAGGACAGAUGAUGUCCAAUUAUCCUAAUUCCACAGCUCAAUACAUAAACCCUAGUCCAAAUCCUAGUCCCAGUCUCAAUCACAGCCCAUUCCCCUUCACUAUGAACCCUCCUCCACAUUACCCCUCUCCUCUUCAUCCAUACGCCAGUCUUCCCAACCUCCUCUACCACAACAAUCAAUCCUUGAACCCCCAUUCUAGUCUGACCAGUCUCCACCAGCCUGCAACUCCCACAAUCCCCCCUUUUGGCAGCAUCUCCAAUUUGCAUCAGCCGUCUACUUCGAUAGAUCCUCAUUACGCCAGUCUGGGUAACCUGUAUCCCGGAACUCCCUUUAUGCACCACCAGGGCUGCAACCAUCCAUACGGCCAUCAGUCCCCUUAUCAUGCCACUCCUCAAGGCUCACAGUUUUCCUCACCUUACACAGGUUACCAUGGCUACAGCACAAACCCGCACAUGGCAUUCUCUCACCCCGUCCCUCAGUGUCCUCCAGAGCACGGCCUCAAUCCGGGUUUUGCUCCUCCUGCUCCAGGCUUCCACCCCGGCAUGGCCUCUACCUUCGGCCAGGGUCACAGCCUCUACACAGGGCUCCAUCCUCCCGGUCCUGGACACAGCCAGGGUCCAUCCAGCACCGAGAUGCAGCUGAGGAGAGUUCUGCAUGAUAUCAGAGGGACAGUUCAGAGUCUGGGCCAGAACCGAGCCAACACUCCAGACACGUUCAGUGAUCACACAACAUCUCUGCCCAGCCACCAGUCUUUGACAGAGUUUCAGCAGAAGAGGCGGAGUCUGAACUUGUUCCGCAGUCAGAUGAUGGAUCUGGAGCAGUCAAUCAUGCGACAGCAAGCUCCGGUCUACAAACACCUGAGCCCUUCUGACAGGUUGGAGGUAGAGCAGCUUCAGUCUCUGAGAUCAGCAGUCAGAGAGGAACUGCAGGAGUUGGAACAACAGCUGGAAGACAGACUGACACAACAAAGGGGUCUCCAUAGAGACAACAGCGUUGACAGUCUGUCCACCGCCUCCGCGCUUAGAGCCAUGGAGCCGGUGUCAGAUCUACUCAGAGAGCAGCUUUUCCUCCAAUCAGAGCUCAGCUACGACGGUCACACCCCCACCACCAAUCCCUCCUCCCGAUCGUCCAGUCCAGGCCAAGGAGGAAGAGACCAGGAGCAGAGCCAAGGUGUGUACCGGGCAUCAAUCAACAUAACCCCUGUCCUUCCUCCUCGACCCAACACACGAGAAGAGGAGGAAGAGGAAGAGGAGGGAAAGAUUGGAGGAGGAGGAGAGGGAGGUGGAGAAGCACCAGAGGAAGGCGCAGCAGGAACAGUCAGAGUGGAGAACCUGCAGCAGCUCAUCAGAGAGAUUCGAGAGAGUGUGGCGCAGGAGGUCCGACGGGAGAUCUACAGCGAGUUGCUGUCUGCCGUGUCGCCACGGCAAUCGCCCCUGCCCUCCAGACAACACCACCUGUAGCCAUGGCGACAGCAGAGCACCACCACGUUGGCCUUCAGCCUUAGUAACCACAGUCUGAGCAGCACCACUGUCUGUCUGUAACACUGUAUAGCUGAGUAACACUGUCUGUGUGGAACACUAUGUGUCUGUAACACUGUAUGUCUGUAACACUGAUGAUGAAACAUGUGAUGAACCCACCUCGCUCGUGACCCGCCCUGGUUUUUCACACGCUCGCUCGAUGGUGAGAGGUGGAGGACAGAGCCUCAGACAGGAAAAAGAGAGGUCGCUUCCACUGCCUCAGUUGGUUUGACGAAAGUGGUCUGACGCAAGCUGGGAACGCCAGUCUGGACCAGCCUGUUCACACAGCGUCCUCCAGCAUACAUUUCCCUGUGAGCCAUCAUUAAUUUGUUUUUUUAUUUUGCCCACCACCCUGUUUACUUUUUGUAACCUGAUAUGAUCAAAUGCCAGGUUUAAAACUACUACCACUAAUAGUAUAAAUACAACUGCGAGUACUGCUAACAGUACUGCAACCAUCUCCACCACCAGUAACCUGCGUCCUGAUUGAGUUCAUCAACACAGUCUGAGAUUGGAUCAGGAUAUUAACAGAAUUUAUGUUCUGAUAUUACUGUUUUCCUACUAAAUACAGCUAGAAGCUAGUAGUAACAAGUAUUUAAAUAUGCUGCACACAGGAGAUCCCCCUCCCUGAGAAAUACUUUAAAUGCAUUAAUUCUCUUUUAAUCUGUCUUCAAGUAAGAGAGACAUUUUUAAAGAGAGUCUGCUGAGGUUCAAACUCUUUUAUAGCCUAAAGUUACUCAUUCCAUGCACAUUUCAGCUUAUCAAGGGUUUAAGAGGGAUUUAAGGUAUAUCACUCAAAGAUUAUGAUGCUGCAGCUGUCAACAUUUUCUCAUCAUCAUCCCCACCCUCAUCAUCAUCAUCGUCAUUGUUAACAGUGCUUCUCUUCCUCUGGCCUCCUUCACAGCUGAUUCUGUUCUUUUCCAUGGUGUCCCUGGCAGGUUAGAUCAUAGAAUUUAACAUAUCUUUGUCAUGGUAACUUUUUCAACAUUUUAAAUUGAGUUUAGGUUUUUGAAACUAAAAGUCCUGAUGCAUACUGUGUUUGAUUUGUUGGAGCGUGGGUGAUUCUGUCUUAAUGGAGCUAGGCUAGCAGUUUCCCCCACUUCUAGUCUUUGUGCUUAGCUAAGCUAAACAAGUCCUGAACUCGACGAUAUUUCUGGCUGUUCCGUUAACUCUCAUUGGCUGUUGAUGAGCAGGUUAUGAGGUUAGUGUGAGAGGUCCUGUGGAGGUCAGGCUCAGAGGUCAAAGGUCAAAGGUUGCUCUAUGAUAGCAGCAGGUUUUGGUAAGUUGUCUUGGUGACAGUGGUGAUGAUGAUGAUGUACUGACAGGUUAGAGAGAGGGGCUUAGUGAGAGGGCAGUGUAGCCCAAACCUUAGCGGUGCUAGCAUGUUAGCUUCAGGCUUCUGAUGACAAAUCUGUGCAAUAAUAUGAACAUACACUAUAAUCUGAUUCCUUAGAUUAUGUGAAUAAAUGACCAAUAAUUCACUGCUAACAUUUCAGAUGUGAUCAGACAUUCACUUCAGCACAAACUGUCUACCUGCACCUUUAACACAAGUUAAUCUUAAACUUGACGUUUUUUAAUGGGAGAAACUGAUUUUCUGUCUCUUCACACAGAAUUCACAGAACUGAUUGAUCACUGAUUAAUUGAUAACCACUCACUGAACAUCUGUUUUCUGUGUAUUGUCUACGUGUUUACUCAAAGGUUUAUUAUUAUCAGUUACCGAAGGUCAAAAAAAUCUUCAUAGCUGAGGUGAAACAAGCUCUCAGCACCCUCCAUAGCUGAGCGGGAUUGGCUGUAAAACAAGUCAAUCAGGGCAAACACACCCCAUGUACCUUUUUUAAAUCUUUGUAAUAGUUGUGAAAAAUUCCACACAGACUCACAUUAGAUGUUUUGAUAUUAUCUACUGAAAGCUGAACUUUGUGUACUUUGACGUCUGUUCUUGAUCUUUGGGAGCAAUAGAAAGAGAAUCGGACUCAAAGGCCGACUUACCAAGAAUAUGGAGUCUUUAUUUAGCAGUCGGUGUAGGUGUCACCACCUACUUUCAAUCAUGUGAAUGCUCCAGAUCGUUAUUAACUGGACCUUUGAUCAUCGAUUCUCUUCAUCGUUUAUUGACUUUGUGUUUGUAGAAAACCUUUUAUUUCUCUGAUCACAAACUGCUCUGCUGGACAAACACUCACUGUGAGCUCUUCAUGCUUUUUACUUCUUUGUCUUUUUUCCACUGAUCAAUCAUCACACACGUCUAAUUACACUUUACUAUCUGACUGUUGGUGGUGAUUACUUUCCAUUGAUGCCUCUUUCUAUUGAUGUCUAUUAAUAAUAAUGUGUAUUUUGUACUGAUGUCUUGUCUGUGGGAUGCAGGGAGGGAUCACUCUGUAGAGAUAAGAAUAAUAAAGAUGUAUUUAUUUUCAGUA